AUGACCCCCUCAAUCUCCCUCGAUCACACCACCCCGGCCGUCGUGCCGGAAUCGAACGAGACCCCUGCGGCCUUCGCCCCGGUCAAUGACCUGUUCUCUUUGUCCGGUCGCACGGUCAUGAUCACCGGAGGUGGUCGUGGACUGGGAAUGUGCUUGACCACGGCCGUGUUGGAGGCGGGUGGUGAUGUCGCUUGUCUGGAUCUCCUCCCGGGCCCCAGUGAGGAAGAGUGGAAUGCUGUGCAGAAGCUGGCUAAGCAGCGCGGCCUGCAGGCAACAUACACUCAGUGCGAUAUUACCAACGAGGAAAACACCAAGAAGGUGUUGGAGGAUGUUGCGGCGGAAGGUCUGCGCCGCAACAAGCCUCUGCGCGGUGCGAUCACGUGUGCCGGUAUUCAGCAGAUGGUUCCUGCCCUGGAGUACCCGAUCGAUGGAUACCGCAAGAUGUUGGAUGUCAAUGUUCUUGGAACAUUCAUUCCCGCGAAGCACUGCGCUCGCAUCUUCGUUGAGCAAAAGACCCCAGGAAGCAUUGUCAUGAUCGCCUCUAUGUCUGGACAGAUUGCCAACCGGGGCCUCACAUGUACCGCAUACAACUCCUCCAAAGCCGCCGUGCACCAAAUGUGCCGAUCCGUGGCCCAAGAAUGGGGCCAGCACAACAUCCGCGUCAACACACUAUCUGCAGGAUACAUCCGCACUGCUAUGACCGAUGCUUUGCUCGAGGAGAAGCCCGACUUGGAGGAGACCUGGAUGCGCGGUGCCCUUCUUGGUCGCCUGGGUGCCCCCGAAGACUUCAAGGGUCCUACCCUCUUCAUGCUCACUGAUGCCAGUGCUUGGAUGACCGGCGCCGAUCUACGGGUUGAUGGUGGUCACUGCGCGUCUGCGUGA